UGUGAGAGUGGAGAGUGUGUGAAGGGACCGAGUGUGACGGGAUGGAAUGAGAGGAGGAGGAAAAGGAGGAGGGACGAAGUAGAGAAGCAUAGGGAGGGGAGAUUGUGAGGGAGAGAGACAUAGGCAGAGAGGGAGAGAGAGGGGACGGACCAAGAGUGAGCAACGGGUGGAAGCUUGGGAAAUGAGAAAAGUAGCUGAGAAGAGAAACUGAGAAGUCAGGGGAGGAGAGGAGAGGAGGGUAAAGGGAACAGCAAAGGGAAGAUCUGCUUGGCAAAUAGAACAGCCACAGCAGAAUUCCUCCAACAGUUGCAGUGAUUCAGGCUGGGGAGGGGGAGUUAAACGCACCAGCAACAAAAAAAAAUCAUUUUCUUUAACUCUGUCUUUUUAAAAAGAUCGGUGAAAACUACCUGGAGUGGGAAAGGAAGGAGGAGAAGACGGAGAGAUCAGAGAGCGUGUGCAGCCUGUGAGUGUCCGGCAGGGAAGGAUGGAUUCAGACUCUGGAGAGCAGAGUGAUGGAGACCUGUCUCCUGGAGGACAGGAGAGCUUUAAUUCCCGUUCCCUAACGCUGCAAGCCCAGAAGAAGAUCCUGAGCAAGAUGGCCACCAUGGCGGUGGCCAACCUGCUGACGGACGACACGAGCAGCGAGAUCCUGGACGAGCUCUACAAGGCUAGCCGAGAGUUCACCAAGAGCAAGAAGGAGGCGCACAAGAUUAUCAAGGAUGUGAUCAAGAUCGCACUGAAGAUCGGCAUCUUGUACAGAAACCAUCAGUUCAGCCCGGACGAGCUGGACACGGUGGAGCGCUUCAAGAAGAAGAUGAACCAGGCGGCCAUGACGGCGGUGUCGUUCUACGAGGUGGAGUACACCUUUGACAGGAAUAUUCUGUCGGAGCUCCUGCUGGAGUGCAGGGACCUGCUCCACACCCUGGUGGAGCAGCACCUGACCUCGCGCUCGCACGCACGCAUCGAUCACGUCUUCAACCAUUUUGCCAACGGGGAGUUCCUGGCCGAGUUGUACGGGGACGGCGAGGAAUACAGACUGUCUCUAAGGAAGAUCUGCAACGGCAUCAACAAACUGCUGGACGAAGGAACGCUCUAACUUCGUACUCUUGACUUCUCUCACCCCCUCACCUUUGGCUCUCGCUCUCUCUCAAAAGUACACAAGUACACAUGUAAUCUGAAAUUUUGAAAAGUUGAUGUCUUUAGUCAUACAUUUGACUUCUGUCAGCUCCAAAUGAUAUUUUAGGCCUGAAUCCAACAGGAUUAAUUUAGUCUCUAAAUACUUCUGGAAAAUCUGCUUUGAAAUAGAGACUUGGUCCAGUUUGACAUCCUGUGACUAGUCCUGGUCCACGUCUACAUCCUCACUGUAACAGAUGACUUGGUUUGAUUUAUCAUGGUACACUCACACCUGAAGGUCCACUACCUGGACAAAUC